AUGUCUACAAGCAAUAUGAACAAAUUACCAAUAAACAACAAUGUAGUAAAGUUCAAACCAAAGCCUAAAAGGAGUAAAUUUGUGGGGGUACGACAAAGACCGAGUGGGAGAUGGGUGGCCGAGAUUAAAGACACGACACAAAAAAUAAGAAUGUGGCUCGGAACAUUUGAGACCGCUGAAGCAGCAGCUCGUGCAUAUGAUGAAGCCGCGUGCCUCCUUCGAGGUUCCAAUACUAAAACCAAUUUUGUUGUUACUCAUAUUUCUCACAAUUCUCCUCUUGCUUCUAGGAUUAAAAACCUCCUUAAGAACAAGAACUUAGAGUCCCAAAAAACAAAUAAUCAUGUUAUUAGUAAUCAUAAUAAUCAUGUUGCUAAUAAUGGUAUUAGUCCUUUAGUAAUACCCUCCUCUAGCAAUACCUAUACAAAUAAUAUUACAUUUCCAAACCCACCAUCUACUAGCCCUACUUCAAUAUUAUCUAACCCUACUAUUUAUAGUACAACACCCCACCAAAAUUAUGCUAAUUUUGGGUACAAAAAUCUUGAUAAUUUUUGUUUGCAAGAUGUAUAUAAGCCUCAAAUAAAUGGGUUUGUUGGGAAUUAUGAUUUGGUAAACUACACUUCAUUAUUGGAUUGUAAUAAGUACAUUAGUCCUACAAUGGAGAAGUUACCAUUACCCUUAAUAGGUCAAAGCCAAGAUAUGCAUGAAGUGCCUAAAAAUGAUCAAGGGGUAGUCCCAUCAACAAUAAUAAGUACAGAAAUAUUGGAGAUGCAAAAGAUAAAAAUGGAAGAAAUGACAAUUCCAACCUUAAAUGACAUUGCUAGUAAUGGUAUACAAGAUUAUUUUGAUUUCCUUCAUGAUCCUUCUAUUGAUUCCCUUUGGGAUCUUCCUCCUCUUCAUUCUUCUUUUUGCUUGAUUUGA